UGAAUAGCAACAGCUGUUUUUCCUUUCAUUCUGAAAUAAAGUUUUUGUUGCAAAAUUUAUGUAUUGGGAAAUGUUUAUUGUUUUGUGAAAAGUUUAUAAUAAAUUAAAUUGAAUAUUUUUAUUAGAUACUAUGAUGAAAGUCCAACAAGUAUUAAAUAAAAGUUACACCUAAUAUUAAAACGGUAAAAAUCAUAUAUAUAAGGAAUUCGCUAAAGGAGAACGUAAAAACUUAUACUCAAUUAUUUUGUAAAAGUAAACAAUUAUAGCACAUAGAACAAAGCAUUUAGGUGCGUCAAGACUCUACUCAUGUACCAACCAACUUAUUUAUGUAUGUAUAAGUCUUUGCUGUGAGGCAAGCUUUCUGGCCCACUGAACACAACGUAAUUAGUUAUUAGUGCGCUUUCAACAGAUACACCAGCUAAACGAUUGGGUGCGCAUUUGUUCGCACAUUCAGAUUUCUCAACGGUAUACAUACUAUAUAUGUAUUUGUAAUACUUUACAUGCAAAUAAACAUAAAAUCGUAACGAAAAGUGAUUAAUUAAAAAGUACAAAUUCCAAAAAAAAAAAAAAAAAUCCCAUCGAGAAUUAAAAUAACUAGUGAGUAAAUAAAGUAGCGCGCAUAAAUAUGAAACCAUUCCAAGCUGGUGAAUGCACAGGAUUGUUAGCAGGUAGCCUGAAUAAUGUAUUUAGUAACAGAGAACCAUGGCAAGUGGCAGCGAUGACGGCAACAACAGUGCUUGGAACUGUUUGGCUAUGGGGGUUCAUCAAUCAGGAUGAAAACGUUUUUGUGCGUGGCAAGCGUCAGUUCUUUCGCUUUGCCAAGCGUUUUCCGGCAGUACGUCGUAAAAUCGAUGCAGAAAUAUCGAAAGCCCGAGCGGAUUUCGAGGAUGAAAUACGCAAAAGCUGCGAUGGUCUCAAUUGGUCAGUUGAACUUCCCGAAAAUGGUCUAGGUCGGGAGGAGAUACUACAAUUAGUAGAUAAACAUUUAACAAUUGGCCAUUACGAUUGGCGUGAGGGACGCGUUUCAGGUGCUGUUUAUGGUUACAAGCAGGAGCUGGUCGAGUUGAUAACGGAAGUGUAUGGCAAGACGUCCUAUACGAACCCUUUGCAUCCCGACAUCUUUCCGGGUGUGUGUAAAAUGGAAGCGGAAGUGGUGCGCAUGGCGUGUACGCUCUUCCAAGGCGAUGCAAAUAGUUGUGGAACGAUGACCACCGGUGGCACUGAAUCCAUAUUGAUGGCCUGUAAAGCUUACCGUGAUUAUGCGCUUGAAACACGUAACGUGCAACGUCCGAAUAUGAUCGUGCCACGCACGGUGCAUGCAGCAUUCGAUAAGGCAGCACAGUAUUUCAAAAUACAUAUUAAAUAUGUAGAAGUAAAUCCGAAAACAUUUGAAGUGAAUGUGGCGGAAAUGGAGCAUGAAAUUAACGGCAAUACGAUAUUGCUCGUUGGCUCAGCACCGAAUUUCCCCUAUGGCACUAUGGAUGAUAUCGAAGCUAUAGCUGCUUUGGGCGUUAAAUGCAAGAUACCUGUACAUGUGGAUGCCUGUUUGGGCAGUUUUGUGGUGGCACUCACCAGAGAAGCUGGCUAUAAGAUUAGGCCAUUCGAUUUUUCAGUUAACGGUGUGACUAGUAUAUCAGCAGAUACGCAUAAGUAUGGUUUUGCGCCCAAAGGCACCUCAAUUAUAAUGUAUUCGGAUCAAAAGUAUCUUGAUCAUCAAUUUACUGUUACCACCGAUUGGCCUGGCGGCAUAUAUGGCUCCCCCACCGUUAACGGCUCGCGCGCAGGUGGUAAUAUCGCCGCGUGUUGGGCAACUAUGAUGAGUUUUGGUCAUGAUGGUUAUUUGGAGGCGACCAAGCGUAUUGUGGACACCUCACGUUACAUUGAGGCCGCCAUACGUAAAGUGGAUGGCGUUUUCAUUUUUGGUAAACCCGCUACCUCCGUAGUCGCUGUAGGCUCCAAAGUUUUUGAUAUAUUCCGUUUAUCAGAUGCGCUCUGCAAAUUGGGCUGGAAUUUAAACGCGCUACAAUUUCCCUCCGGCAUACACCUUUGUGUUACUGAUAUGCACACACAAGCUGGCGUUGCAGAUAAAUUCAUUGCCGACUUCAAAGCGUGUGUCACGGAGAUCAUGAAAGAUCCUGGCCAACCUGUUGAGGGUAAAAUGGCUAUUUAUGGCGUGGCGCAAGGCAUACCCGAUCGCACAGUUGUUGGUGAGGUGACACGCGCCUUCCUGAGCAGCAUGUACUACACGCCGGCGCGGAAAUGAGUGCACUUUCUAAUGGUGAUUUAGUUUUUGAAAUGACAUUCGCAAAAUGGAGGUCAUAAAAUGUUACAUAUCUAGUUAAAUAAAAAUGAUAUCCAACAAUAUGGAUAUGGCAUAUUAUUAUAAAAAGAUUAUUGUUCCAUAAAAAAUUGAUUGCUAUGUGUGCUUCAUAAUAUUACUAUUUAUACAUAAAACCAACAUUUAUUUACAAAAAACCUUUAUUUUUAGGCUUGUUUUUAUAACAUUGUGAUUUAUUUUUAAAUAAAUUAGUUCAAACUGUAUACGAAUUAUGCCUACGUGUUAUAUAAAGUACUUAGCAUUGUAAAACAAAAAAUACAUAUAUGUAUGUCAUAACAUUUUCAAUUCAGGUGUUCAAUUAUAAUGUCAAAUUUCAUGAUAAAGAGUGUUUUAAUUGUUGUAUAUUCAUCAAAAAGUAAAAAAUAAAAGAUAUAUAUGUGAAAAAUAAA